UGUUAGAGUGUUUAGUCACAUAUAGAGUGCCAUAAUGCUCUGUGGUUGUCUAUGUCACUGAUGGUGAAGACUGAGCUGCAGGUAGCUGUGCGUUUGCAAUAAACGGAGAUCAAGUAGGACCAUGGCAUACAGCGUGAACAAUAGUCAAACGGAUUCUGAUUCUGAUUCUGAUUCUGAUUCUGACUUUGAGGACAUGGGAGGAAGCAAACCAGGUCAGGACUCCUUCCAGUUUAUUAGAGAGCCCGCUGACAGCACCCAGAGCUCUCCUGAGUCCAUACAGAUGGACGUUUUUAUGGAAUGCACAGGUGCAAAUAGAGAAAAUCUUCCAUUCACUGCAAGGGACCACAUGAAAGACAAGACACUUGACGCAGUGCAGAUAAAAUCUCUGCAGAGGCAUCACUGGUCAGCUGCUACUUUAAAGGUCCUCUCCUCGAUGCCCAGUCGCACUGCUGGAAAAAAUAGUGCUGCAGUUAUUCCCAAGUGUGUGAGGGACACAUCUCAGCUACACCAACCCCAGACCUCCUCCCAUGAUUCUUGUCACCCCUCUGGACCAAUCCAGGGUGACUUUGUCCAGGAAGAUAUGGAGGAAAUUAGUGCUGAAGAAAACCAGAAUGAGCAGUUAGUGUCCAAGCUCAGAGGCCUCUCAGUGAGCGAGGCCAUGCGAAAGCUUCGAGCCACGCCACUCAGCUUGGCAGAUAAGAUGAGAGUGAGGCGACUUGCUUUCAGGAACAUAGCUGAGAGUUCUUUCAUCAGGAGGAAUAUUGCAUGCUACAGGCGUCCAGGCAUAUACAUUUCGAGGACUUGUCGUCAAUGCCUGUUCAGCUGCCUCUCCAUCCUCACCUACCUCCAGUUGUGGCAUUCCCCAAUGAAGAUACUUAGCGGACGUUUUGGAACUGGAGUGCUUUCCUAUUUCCUGUUUCUCCGGACCCUCCUGCUCUUUAACCUCUUCCUCUUCACUAUCAAUGGCCUGUUCCUAGUCUUUCCACAAGCCGUCAACCCUCCUCAUCACGACCCUCAUCAAAACAAUUUCUCAGGCCUUGAGUUGCUCACAGGCACGGGUUACCUUUCUCAGAGUGUGAUGUUUUACGGCUACUACAACAACACUAUCCUGAUAAGAACAGCUGAUCUGCCAAUCAAUGACACCAACCAGAUAAUGCCAUACAGCAUAUCUGCAGCCUAUUUCUUUAGCAUCGCCAUCUCCUUCUUCAUUAUCUGCAUCAUCCUAGUGUACAGCAUGUCCAAGUCGUUUGGGAGAAGUUUUCAAGUCCUGAAGUCUAACAAUAACCUGAUAGGAAAAGUUUUCUGUUCCUGGGACUUUAAAGUCAGUAAAAACAUGUCCGUCAGACUGCAAUCUGAGAAAAUCAGCACACAGAUCAAAGAGCUGCUGUCGGAGAUGACCAGUGAAAAGGGUGAAAAGAGCUGCAGGCAGCGACUGUGCUGUCUUGUGGUGCACCUGGCGGCAUGGGCUAUAUGUUUUGCCAGCAUCUUCAUGAGCGCCAUGGCAGUCUACUAUCUUUCAGAGGCUGGUAUUUCUCAGAGUUCUUCCAAAGAAACCGAUCUGCUCCUGCCUGCAGUGGUGUCGGGCAUUAAUCUGUUACUCCCCGGCCUCUUCAACCUUUGUACUUGGGUAGAAAAUUACGACUCACCCAGCGUAUGUGUCUAUGUCUCCAUCAUCAGGAACCUGUUGUUGAAAGUCAGUAUUGUCGGAAUUCUGUGUUUCCGCUGGCUGGGGAGAAUCGCUAUGGAACAACAAAGAGCUGGUUUACACUGUUGGGAGAACUUUGUCGGUCAAGAACUGUAUCGUUUGCUCCUUAUGGACUUUGUCUUCACCGUGCUUUACACUUUCUUGGGAGAGUUCCUGUGGAGGUUAUUUUUCAAGCAAGUGCUAAAGAGGAACAGGAUGCCAGUGUUUGACAUUGCUCGUAAUGUGCUUGAACUCAUAUAUGGACAAACCCUUACUUGGCUUGGGGUGCUGUUUGCUCCACUGCUUCCUGCAGUCCAGAUCAUAAAACUUGUUGUGCUAUUUUACAUGAAGAAGAGCAGUUUAUUGCUCAACUGUCAGGCGUCCAGACAGCCCUGGAAGGCCAGUCAGAUGACAACACUUUUCGUUUCCCUUUUGUUCUUCCCCUCAUAUCUCGGUGCUGCUGUGUCUGUCAUUUACACAAUGUGGAUGAUUAAACCCUCGACAAAGUGUGGCCCUUUCAGGAAUCUCACAACAAUGUUUCAAUCGGGGCAGCUGUGGAUCCAGCAGCAGGAGGACCCCAAAAGACUCCUGUUCUGGCUCAGCUGGGUCUGCACAUUUCUGGCGGAUAACCCACUGGUCUUAUUCCUCGCCAAUGGAGUCCUUCUAAUAGUGAUAUAUGUUCAAACUCAAGUUGUCGAUGGCCAAAGAAGGAUCAUCGUUCGGUUAGAAAAGCAAAUUGAAAAUGAGGGUAAAGACAAAAAGUUCCUCAUCACCAAUUUGCAAGCCAUUUAUGAACGGAGUAUUCUGGUGUCGCCUCACAGAUAAGGAGGGUAUUAUCGAUACUGUUUCCUCCUUGUAACAUAUUCUUCUGGUUUGUACCAGACCUCAUUUUAAGAUGGAAAGGAAGUUGUGCGACCGGUUCUCACAGCCAAACAACAUUCACACCAUGCUGUACCAGUGGAAAGAAAUGAUCUCACUGGGGUUAAGCAAUGAGAACAUAAGUAAAAGCAAAACCAGUAAUAGUUUGUUAGUUAUUUUCAAAUAUAUUCCACAAAGUUUUGAGUGGUUAAUAAACUGGGAGAACAUAAACGAACACUGUCUGUUAGCACUAUUACAUUUAGCUCCUAAUAUAGGUCAAAAUAUACUUUUAUAUUAGAUUAUGUUGAAGUUUAUGCAUACUGUCUUGAAUAUGUUUUAUGAAAAUAAAGAUGUUUGAAAACAG